AUGGACUCGUCCCCGGCGCAGCACGUCGUGUCGCCGAUCAACUUCGACACGGUGCAGCCGGCCCGCGAGCGGCGGCCGAGCUACCGCCAGUCCUACGAGGACUGGCGCAGCGGCGAGGGGUCGUCGAGCGUCAAGGGCGAGGUGCACGGCAUCCGCGUGGCGACCUACAUCUCCGGCGCGCUCGCGACGCCGCACGGGUCCGCCGCGCAGUUCCGGCGCGUGUCGUCCGUGAACCUUUUGGCCAAGUCGCUGGAGCACGCCAACGAGCUCUACGACGAGUUGGAGAGUUUGGAGUCCAAGCUCAAGGUGACGUCGCUGCUGGGCGGCUGCCUCUGCGUGGCGGCCUUCGCGUCGUUCCUCAACGGCUACCACACGUCGGUCAUGAACGCGGCCGAGGCGACGGCGCUGCCGGGCCACGGGUCCUUCGCGUGGUCCGUGGCCGUGUCGGCGCUGCCCGUGGGCGGGCCCUUCGGGUCCUGGGUCGGCGGCUGCGCGGCGGACGGGCGCCUGGGCCGCGACGGCGCGCUCUGGUCCAUCGGCGCUUUAUACGGCCUCGGGGGCAUCGCGCUCUGCUGGGGCCUGGAGCUGCAGCGCAUCGACGUCGUCAUCGGGGCGCGCUUGCUCCUGGGCGUCGCCUGCGGCGCGACGACGGUCGUCGUGCCCGUGUACUUGGGCGAGCUCGCGCCGCCGCGGCUCCGGGGCGCGUUCGGGACGUUGACGCAGCUGGCGAUGGUCGUGGGCAUCCUCGCCGCGGACGUCGUGGCGUUGGGCGCCGGCGCGGGCGUGUUGUUCGCCGCGUCGGCGCUCGUGGCGCUGGCCAUGCUCUUGCUGGCCGGGGCGCUGCCCCUCGCGGCGACGCCGAAGAGCGUCUUGGCCGUGGGCCGCGCGCCGCGGAACACGUACGGCGACGUCGACGACACGUCCGAGGACUGGGUCGAGGCCGUCGAGCUCUGCAAGCGCUUGUACGCGUUGGACGACGAGUCGGCGCGCGACGAGGCGCACUGCAUCGCCGCCGCGGCCGCGGCGGUCGCGCGCGACGAGGACCCCGCGACGCCCGACGCGGACCGCGGGUCGCUGCGGCGCCGCGAGGAGGCGACGGGCGGCGACCGCGCGGCCGUCGCCGCGCGGGCGCGGCGCGUGCUCUUCGCGUCGACCUUCGUGCUCCACGCGACGCAGCAGCUCAGCGGCAUCAACGCGGUCUUUUACUACUCGACGACGUUCCUCGACGGCGUCAUCCCGAACCCGGCCCUGGGCACGGCGCUCGUCGGCCUCGUGAACGUCGUCGCGACCAUGUUGGCUUCGUCCUUGAUGGACGGCCAGCGCCGCGUGACCAUGCUCGCGCUCUCGAUCGGCGGCAUGCUCGUGAGCGCGGCGGUGUUGACGCUCGCGCUCCAGGGCCUGUUGUCCAACGCCUGGGCCCUCGUCGGCGUCAUCCUCUACGUCUUCUUCUUCGAGCUCGGGUUGGGGCCCAUCCCCUGGAUGAUCGUGCCCGAGCUCUUCACGACGGCGCAGGUCGUCCCGGCGCAGGCGAUGGCGUCGCAGUUGAACUGGUGCAUGAACAUCCUCGUGGGGCUGGGCUUCCCCGUGCUCAACGCGACGCUCGGCGCCUACGCGUUCCUCCCCUUCGCCGCCGUCCUCGUCGCCGCGCUCGUCUUCGUCCUCGCGGUGCUCCCGGAGACGUUCGGCCGCACGCCCGAGGACGUCUUCCGGGAGCUCACGCUCCCGGGCGGCCGCCAGGCCUACGGCGCCGUCUCCACGCUCGAGCUCGAGUACGAGCUCGCGCGCGGCGCGUCGCUGUCCCGCUCGCGCUCGCGGAGCUGA